AUGUGGUUUCCAUACAUCCUCACGGCGCUCCUCGCCGUAACCCCCUCCGCCGCAAAGAAAUCAUCACAAACCACAAAGCCCUGCCCAACCAUCACAUCCACUGCAUCAGUCUGCUCGACCUGCAUCACCCUAGCUUGCAUCUCCUUGUCCACAAUCACCUCUCAGAAGAACUGCCCCUCGAGCGUUCCCACCACCAAGACAUCCUUCCCCUGCUCCAAGUCCCAGUGCCCCAGUGGAUGUGCGACAUCUUACGUCUACCCCUCAUCGUACGGAACCAGCAAGCCUGUUUGCCCGACUGUCACUAAGACAGCAACUGUUUGCUCGGAUUGCAUUAGACCUGCGUGUGUGUCUUUGUCGACGGUUAGUUCAGUCUGUGGAUGUCCCAAGACCCCGGCCACAGUUACCACUGGUUUUCCCUGCGGAAAGAAGUGUCCUGAGGGGUGUGGGACGGAAUUUGUUACUCCUACGGUGACGCCGACUUGUAAGAAGGGCAAGGACAAGAGUGAGGAUGACGAUUAG